GCAACUUCUGCCGAAUAAUGGUGAAAAGAAGAACGAGUGCAAGGAAUCACAGCGUUAAAUACUGACGAAAUAGUCGUCAUCUUUAGUCAAAGCUGUCUUAGUUAGUUUGAAUCAUUCCUAUAAGAAAAUCUCUAUAUUAUAGAGAGAAAAAGAUUGACCUAUAAUAAGCUGAGGGUCGUGAGAUGCCUUUGCGUUUAUGGACAAUAGCCUUGAGAGGGAGCAAUUAGGGGGGAAUGUGAAGUUGAAAAGAGGCAAAGAGUCAGCAAAACGCAAAUCACCACAAAGCAGUGAACAGUCUAAGACAAAAAGAGCAAAAACAUCAGGAUUAUCAACCCGGUUGUCACAUAGCAUUUCCACUCCACUCUUACCAACUUCACCAAUAAGUCAUCGAACUCGAAGUUGUACAUCAUCUUUAAUCCUGGGGGCGUCAUCAUCUUCAAGAUCCACAUCACCUUCCACUGAUCUAAAUAGAAGAUCUGCAUCGUCAAGUCGACGAUUGGAGAGCACAUCCAGCGACAGGAUUUCUAGAAGGAGUAAACCUUCGUUUGACGGAGGACGUAGUGAUCUGUGUGAUAUUGAUAUUGCGCCUUCAGUGAGUGUACCUUCACUCCCAACACGCAGUAAUCGUUCAUCUUUGGCUGCUCUUCACAAACCUUCAUCGUCUGCAAGUCUUCCUGAUACAAGCAGUAAGAGCGAAGCUUCAGGGACCAAGAGACUCGUAUCGAAGGCAAGCAGCAGUGCAAGCUCAUUAGAUACCUCGAGUGAGCUGUUGUCCAAUCAGGAUCAAUCUACCAACAGCCAUAGACGUCUCAGAUUGCGUAGGCAAGCCCCUUUAGAACACGACCCUUCAAAGCGAUCCCAGCAGAGCACGUCAUCUGGGCAUGCUCGUGUGAAGAAACGUUUGUCUGGGUUUCAACGGAAACCAACUGACGAUAUUUCGUCAUUUGCUAUUGGUAACCAUAACAGUGAACUGUCUGAGCCUGUUGGCUUAAGACAGUCGCUACGAAAGAAGAAAGCAACGGGAUCCUGCGCAAGCAAUAAUAGUCGGCGAGCUGGUCGGGGGAAAGGCGGCUUAGUUCAACGCCGACACGGGGAAAAUAUGUCAUCGGACGAUGUCGCUCCCGAGCAACCAUCAACUUCAGAUGCUCAAGGAAGCGACGAUGGAAGACUGGAUGACGAUCUUUCUCGAUUACAAGCACUGCUUGAAGCUCGAGGGCUUCCUCCCCACUUGUUUGGCUCAUUGGGACCGAGGAUGCAUCAGUUGCUACAUAGAUCAAUGAGUGGUGGAGUUAAUGGGAAAGUUCAGCAACUUCUUACCGGUAUUCAAUCAUCAGAUGAAUGUCAACAGUUACAGGCAGUAAUGGAACUUUGUCAGAUUCUUGUUAUGGGAAAUGAAGAUACUUUAGGAGGUUUUCCUAUUAAACAAGCUGUUCCUGCAUUGAUUAACCUGCUGGCAAUGGACCAUAAUUUUGAAAUGAUGAAUCAUGCAUGUCGUGCGCUGACAUAUCUUAUGGAGGCUCUACCGAGGUCUUCUGUUGUUGUUGUCGAUGCAGUUCCAACGUUUUUACAAAAAUUGCUGUCUAUUCAGUGCAUGGAUGUUGCUGAACAGGCAUUGACAGCUUUAGAAAUGCUUUCAAGACGACAUGGAAAAGCUAUUCUUCAAUGUGAUGGAAUGUCUGCUUGUCUAACGUAUUUGGACUUUUUCUCUAUCACUGCUCAGAGAUCGGCCUUGGCUAUUGCAGCCAACUGUUGCCAUUUUGUGAGUGGUGAUGACUUUCAUUUAAUCACAGCAGCGAUUCCAAUUUUGAGCGCAAAACUCCAGAUUCAGGACAAGAAAUCCAUCGAAAGUUGCUGUCUAGCAUUUACAAGAUUAGUUGACAAUCUUCAUAAUGACGAGAAACUGCUUCGAGACCUGGCACAUGACAGCUUACUAACAAAUGUGCAGCAAUUGUUGGUUGUCACUCCGUCAGUUGUAACCACGGGUACAUUUGUCGCUGUACUUCGUAUGCUUGCGUUGAUGUGUGCCAACUGUCCAUACAUUGCCGUGGAAUUAUUGAAAAACAAUAUUGCUGAAACGUUACGUUUUCUUUUAAUGGGAGCGAAUGAGUUAAAAGAAAGUGAAACACCUGAGCUUUCUCCAAGAACACCUCAAGAAUUUUAUGAAAUUACCUGUCUUAUCAGUGAACUGCUUCCCAAUCUUCCUUCGGAUGGCAUAUUUUCCUGCGAUAAUCUUUUGACUAAAGGCAAUAGACCAGAGCAAGCAUUUUGGCAGUGGAAGGACGAUCAAAAUGUAUGGCAUUCUUACUCGUGGAUCGAUAGCAGAAUUAUCGAAGCUGCUCAUCAGGGAGGGGAGGAUGAGAUCAGUUUAAAUACCAUGGGAAGAAGUUACAUUGUUGACUUCAAUUCAAUGCAACAGAUCAACGAAGAUACUGGCACAUCACGUGCUAUACAGCGUCGUUCACGUGCUGAAUCUAGUCCUCUGCUCUCUGUUGAUACAAAUGCUAAGAAAGAAGACGAAAGGGCUGUGUUUCUUCAAGAAGGCUCCGAAAUAUCUUCGAACUUUACUCUUACUUUAUUUGGCGAGCUUAACGAAGUGCAUAACUCUUCAGUUGGACCUGCUGUUCGGCACAAAUGCUUGAAUGGCAUCUUACGAAUGCUAUAUUAUUCUCCUUCGGAACUUCUUGAUAAACUUAUUGAGAAAUUUCCCGUGUCCUCUCAAAUGGCGGGCAUGCUUGCAUCCAAUGAUCUUCGAACUGUUGUCAAUGCAAUGCAAAUGGCAGACAUUCUCAUGCAAAAACAACCUGAUUAUUUUCAUAUUCAUUUUCGGCGCGAAGGUGUCAUGCAUAAAAUACACGAGCUUGCCACAGCUUCUCUCGAGCCUCGUAGCGAAGAUGUCAAGAACGUUUGUAGUCGUGAAGAUACAAGCAUAUGUGUUGUAAAUGAAGAGUUUAACGAAGUUGAACCGACCGACGCACGCAGGAGGUUCAGCGAUGUAUUGAAAAAGAAGCGAAGGUCGAAACGAAUUAGUUUCAAGAAAUCAGUAUCAUUAGAUGGACAUCAGCUGGGAUCGUCUGAAACACCACAACCUAGAUCUUCAUCCAUGUUAUCUCUGCGAACUGGUUUUCACAAAGCCACUGGUAGUACUACACCAAGUACUAGCAAAUCACCAAAGACUCCGACCAGUAGUUCGACUAUAGCGAACAAAAACAAGAUCAAGCUAUGGAUAAAAGACCAAGCCAUCAAAUUUAGUUCAACGUAUUUCCAAAGCGAGGAGAGCGAGUCCCAUCCUGCAUUGAGUGUACUCAAUAGACUCAUUGAAGCAUCCAGUGACCUUGGUUCGGGUUGUAAACAAGAUCAUGAUGCUCUGAAGACCGUUGGUGUAGUUCUGUCGGAGAAUGAGAAAAGUGCAUCAGCAUUCGAAAUUAUACAUAGCGGACUUGUUCCCAAGAUGCUGAGGUAUUUAGAGCGUCCAUCUGGCAAAGCACGAUCAUUCUACGAUAAACAUAUUCAAACAUUUUUAACUGCAUUCCUCGGCUGUCCACCUUUGGAAGAUGUUAACGACAGCUACUACGGACCAGAUGACAGCAAGAGGGAGCUGUUUGCUCUUUUGAUUCAAAAACUUCAUGCGUGUGUUAACCAACAAGAACAGUUCCCUGUCAAGAUUCAUGAUGCACCAGGUGGUUGUGGAAGUGGAUCACGUGGGCUCCAAACACUGAGAUUUUUCAACUCGCAUCAAAUUAAGUGUUUUCUACAAAGACAUCCUGAUUGCAGCAAUGUUAAAAACUGGAGAGGUGGUCCUGUAAAAAUUGAUCCACUUGCUCUGGUCCAGGCUAUUGAGAGGUAUCUGGUGUUACGAGGAUAUGGACGUAUUCGAGAGGAUGCUGACGAAGAGGGAAGCGAUGACGAUUUCUCUGAAGAAGACAUUGACGAAGCAUUGGCAUUUCAUAGUCCCAUAUCACAAAGCCGGCAUUGUCUUGAACUCAUGAUUGGUGACAAAGUGUUACCCUUCAACAUGACUGUAUAUCAGGCUGUCAAGCAAUAUGGACAGGCAGACGAAGAUAGAGACCAAGAUGAUGAAGGAGCAUUGGGAAGGCCAAGUAUCUGGGUUGGUACUCAUACAAUAUAUUACCGAGCUUACUCUGAUGGAUUAGGAGAAGGAAGCGCGUCAACAUCAAGCAAAGCAACAUCUUCUAAGACAACGAGAAAAUCGCACGGCAAGCGAAGUAGAGAUUCAUUCGGUGAUAACAAUGAUGCUACUUCUUUAAUAUCGAACUUAAUAAUAUCUCAUUAUGAACUGAAAGAUCCUUCUGUGGAAAGCAUUCACCUUCUUCAAACAUUGUUCAAUUUAAACACAAAAUGGGGUACAGUUUACGAGUUGGAGGACAGAAGUGCAUUGAUUUCACCGACGGAAUUUAUCAGCGCAAAACUUACUGCUAAAGCAUCGAGGCAGUUACAAGAUCCCAUAGCAAUAAUGACAGGAAACCUUCCUCAUUGGCUUGGAAUACUUGCACAUGAUUGUCCUUUUUUGUUUCCGUUUGAAUGUCGUCAGCAGCUCUUUUACUGCUCUACGUUUGAUCGAGACAGAGCGAUGAGCAAAUUGCAGGAAACAAUUCCCGAUUUGUUGAGCUCCGAAAGCACUGAUCGUGUUGCUCCGCGUUUGGAAAGAAAAAAGCGUACAGUGUCUCGGAAUGAUAUAUUUAAGCAAGCUGAAGAAAUAGUAAAUGAAGUUGGUGGAACAAGGGCUAUUUUGGAAAUACAGUACCAAGAUGAGGUUGGAACUGGACUGGGUCCAACAUUAGAGUUCUAUGCUUUAGUGUCGAGAGAAUUUCAACGUGGUGACCUCUCCAUAUGGAGAGGGGACACUGUCCCAACUGCUGAUGAUGAAGAUAUUGGAAAAGAAGUGUCGUAUGUUUUUUCCCCAGUUGGUCUCUAUCCAGCUCCUAUUGCGAAAAACACAAAAGCUGUCCAAUUGACAAAACUGAAAGGGAAGUUCCGUUUCUUGGGAAAGUUUAUUGCGAAGGCAAUUAUGGACUUCCGUAUGUUAGACAUUCCUUUAAGUCAGGUAUUCUUCAAAUGGAUGCUUGGAAAGGAGGCAACACUCGAUUAUCGUGAUAUACACCACAUUGAUCCAGUCUUGGCUAAAUCUAUUGCUCAACUGCGAGAUAUCGUACACAGGCGUAAACGACUCGAAGCAGAUACGUCACAUACGCCCGACAGCCUGAAGUUAGCUGUAGAAUCCUUGACAAUGGAUGGUUUGCCUAUUGAAGAUCUCGAAUUGGAUUUCCGAUUACCUGGAACAACUAUUGACCUAAAGAAAGGUGGUAAAGACAUCCCAGUCACAAUACAUAAUUUAGAGGAAUAUAUAAAGCUCGUUGUUCAAUGGACAUUAGUUGACGGUGUAACAAAGCAAAUGCAAGCGUUUAAGGAAGGUUUUGAAACCGUGUUUUCAUUGUCUAGUUUGACGUGUUUUACACCAGAAGAGAUGGAUUUACUUUUAUGUGGAAGUACGGCUGAGACUUGGGACAUAAAAAGUUUGAUGGAAAAUUGUCGACCAGAUCAUGGAUACAACCAUGAUAGUCGUGCUGUCAAGUUCCUAUUCGAAAUUCUCAGUUCGUACGAUACAAACGAAAGGAGACGAUUUUUACAGUUUGUUACUGGAAGUCCCAAGCUUCCUGUUGGAGGUUUCAAGAGACUAACGCCACCUUUAAAAAUAGUUCGCAAAACACUCGAAUCAUCAGCAUGUGCGGACAGUUAUUUACCAUCGGUGAUGACUUGCAUGAACUACCUAAAGCUGCCAGAUUACUCCACAAAAGAUAUCAUGAAGGAGAAGUUAAGACAAGCUGCUUUGGAAGGACAACAUUCCUUUCAUUUGUCGUAAGAUAAAAUUAUUUGAAGCAAAUUCAACCGUUGAAUUGAGGGAACUUUGGUAAAUAUCUUGUUGACUUUUUAGCAGUUUUCUGCAAUGUUUGGAGAAACCAAUCAUCUUUUGUUAGAAUGCGGACAUAGGGUCUGCAUAAGUAAAUACACGCUCAUUCUGUUCGCACACAUGCACCUCAUGCUUCUAACAGUCUUCUCAUUUUUGUAAGGUAACCAACCCUGUUGAAUACGAUAGAUAAAGAAUGACGAGUGACAAAUUAACGCUAUUUUUAUAGUGUAAAUAUUUGUCUUCUAAGUUGUGGGUUUGUUUCAUCGAACAACUAUUGCGUGUAGUCGCUUCCCACCUCUUUUAUGUGGUUGCGACCAGCUCAUCAAAUUCAAAGUUAUUUUAUGUUUUGUUAUAUUAUAAUGGGUUUUAUUUUGAAAGGUACAGAAUAUUGUUUCCUGUGUUUAGUCAUCCACAUUUUCAUAUUUUUAUAAAUUCUGCCUAAUUGGAAUUUUUGGUAUUUUUACCAGAACCAAAACUGUGAUUUUCACCAAGUUUUACGAUUUGAUUAUAUUCUGUUGUUCGCUA